UUUGACUCAUCCAGCAGAGCGAGUUUCAGCAAGAGGCAGAGAAUCAGACGGAUGUGAGUGAGAGUAGGGUGGACGCUGAGAUGGACCGUACGCACACCAGCCAUCCAGUCUGUGCUCAGUCAGUAUGACAGUGUGCUCACAUCACUUGAAGAGAUGGUGAACUGUAGUGUGAGGGAGACUGCAUCCAGGGCUAAUGGACUUCAUGAGGUGUUCCUCAAAGGAAACACAGUCUUGGGGCUUAAGAUGGCUGCAGAUGUCAUGUCAGCCCUAGAAACCCUGAAUACCUCCCUUCAGAGUAAACGGCAGACAAUCUCUGGUAUGAUGCUGGCUGUGGAGCAUGUCAAAAGACAUUUGGAGAACAGAAGAACAGAAGAGCAUUUCGAAGGAUUGUAUGUGCAAGCCCAAGACAUUGCCUCAUCAUUAGACCUGGUGCCCAUCAAGAUGCCCCAUAUCCGCUGCCCUCCAAAACGAUUAUCUGGACCAGCUGAGCCACAUAUUCACCCCUCUGCAGAGUCAUUCUACAGAAGCCACUAUUUCAACAUGCUUGACACAGCUGCUCGGCAGCUUACACAGCGCUUUGAUGAGCCGGGUAUUCAUACACUCGGACGUUUGGAGAAGGUCCUUAUCAGCGGAGAGAUGGAUGAUAUCAUCAAGAGCUACCCAGAGUUGGACCAAGUAGCUCUAAAGGUGCAGUUGUCGAUGCUGAAGUCCACCUAUCAGUACAGCAACUGUGGGGAUGUGGUGGACCUGCUAAAGACCAUGGUGCCUGAGGUCAGGAGUCUUUUUAAACAAGUAGAGACACUCCUGAGACUUUUGCUUGUAGUUCCUGCUUCUUCAUCACAGGCUGAACGAAGCUUCAGUGCUUUGAGAAGGCUAAAAACCUGGCUGAGAACCAAUAUGACGCAAAGAGGUUGA